GAAGCAGAAGUUACUCACUGUUCAAAAGUUGUCAGAAGAAAAACGAUAUCUGGAUACAACUCAGAAGAAGAGGGAAGGACUAGAGUCGAUAGUCUUAAGCGUUUGUUUUUUAAUCUUGUUUUAGUAACGAGGUUAUUUGUUUUUAACCGGAACAAAGGACUUUAACGGUCACUUCGUAACUAGAGAAGAAAUUAUUUUUGACUUGUUUUCCUGCCACUCGCGCUUUUAUGUACUUGGAUUUACUGCUUUUAUCCUGCCGUCCUACUAUGGUCAUAAUGGAGGUCCCCACCAUCGACUGUGCGUCCCUGCGUGCCCAGUUGAAGGGCGCCAACCCGGGCUGUCUGCUGUUGGACUGCCGAUCGUUCCUCUCCUUCAACUCGUCCCACAUAUCGGGCUCCACUAACGUGCGCUUCAGCACCAUCGUGCGCCGGAGAGCCAGAGGGGGUCUUGGCCUGGAGCACAUUGUCCCCAAUGAGGACACUAGGAACAGGCUGCUGACCGGAGAGUAUCACUCUGUGGUGCUGCUGGACGACCGCAGUCUGGAGCUGAGCCAGGCCAAGAAAGACGGCACGUUGAUGCUGGCAGUCUCGGCUCUGUGUCGCGACCCCUGUGGAGCCAGUGUUUUCAUUCUUAAAGGUGGCUUUGAAAUAUUUUCCACUGAGUAUCCAGAGAUGUGCACCAAACCGUCCCCUCCUCAAGGUCUGAGUUUGCCCCUGAGCUCCAGCCGCCCUGAGAGUGCGGACCCAGGCUGUAGUCCAUGCAACACUCCUCUAUAUGAUCAGGGGGGUCCUGUUGAGAUCUUGCCUUUCCUGUACCUUGGCAGUGCUUAUCAUGCCUCCAGAAAAGACAUGCUGGACUUGCUGGGAAUCACUGCUCUCAUUAACGUCUCUGCAAACUGCCCCAACCAUUUUGAGGACUCCUUCCUCUACAAGAGCAUCCCAGUGGAGGACAACCACAAAGCCGACAUCAGCUCCUGGUUCAAUGAGGCUAUCGAGUUUAUUGACUCGGUGAGAAACAAAGGAGGCCGUGUUUUUGUACACUGUCAAGCAGGCAUCUCCCGGUCCGCCACCAUUUGCCUUGCCUACCUAAUGCGGACCAACCGCGUGAAGCUGGACGAGGCCUUUGAGUUUGUCAAACAGCGCCGCAGCAUCAUCUCCCCCAACUUCAGCUUCAUGGGCCAGCUUCUCCAGUUUGAGUCCCAGGUCCUGGCCUCGUCGACAUGCUCAUCGGAGGCCGGCAGUCCGGCAAUCGGCAACAACAGCACGGUCUUCAACUUCCCCGUCUCCAUCCCCGUACACACCUCUGCUGGUCAGCUCUCAUUCCUCCACAGUCCUAUCACCACCUCUCCCAGCUGCUGAGGAGAAGAAGUGGGCAACACAGACUUUGUUUGGACUUGAACUGCACCACAGGAGUGACUCGAGUCAGAGCACAACACAAAACACGCAGUCCUGAAUAUGAUUCGUUUUGUUUUAUGGUGAUAAUUGUAUAUCACAAGAACGACAGAAUGUGAGCUAUUGAUCAGGGUUCAACUCUGAUCUGCUCCUUACAUCUCUGUAGGUCAAUCUCAUAAUUUCAAAGGGAGAUUUGAUGACUACCAAUGAGCAGUAUUGAUGUUUAACCUUUUAAAUGUGAAAGUCAUCCGCAAUUCAAAAACCUAGAUGAAUUGGGAUAUGGCUGGAAAAAAAGUUAAGUUAUUCCCUUUUUGAGGAAAUUACGAGUAUCUGAAUAUUCUUUAUUCAAGUGACAUUUUUUUUUGUCAUGAAGGCAACUGCUUUUGAUAAUCACAACCAAUCCUUUAAGCUAAACAAAAUGGAGAGGGCUAACAGUUGUCUCAGGAAAGUUGAUACAUCCUCUCACAUGCCCAGCUAGCUUUCUGUACUGGUCAAAGAAAGCAAUCUGAACCUGUUGUGCAAAAAGACAUUGGAGUUACUUCUUCACACGACGAACAAUGAAUGUAAAAACCCCUUCUUCAGUGUAGAUGUGGCAGAAAUCUUCACGUUCCGUUGGAGAACUGUGUGGGGUUGCCAAUUAAAAUGCCAGCAUCUGCCUUCCAAGACAUCAUCGCGAAACUUUGACGAUCCUGACAAAUCGGGGAAAGUGACCAUUGAAUACCUCAUGUUUCUGUACUGUGUACUGUGGCGCUGAGGGAGACGGGAGCCCCGAAAACUACUAACAUGGGGCCAGGUAGUCCUCAGUGUCUGGAUUCUGACAUAUUUAUUGAACUAAAGUAAUAUAUUUCUUUAACAUAUCUAUUUUUUUCACAUGUUUGUCUAAAUAUGUUUUUGAUACUGUUGAAUAAAUCUCAUUUGACUUUUGUACUCUGA